AUGACUGUCUUGGUGUCCCAUACAGUAUCCGCAGUGCUGGAAGCGAAGGGUGGGCACUGGUUUUCUCCACAAAGAUUCCUGAGGUAUCAGGCUAUACUGGUAGAACGGGAUGAUGUGGAGAUCGUAGUUACUAACAUUGUCAACCCAGCUUCUUUCCUCAGUGGAGACACAGGAGAACCAGUGCAUCAUGACUGCUUGGAGACUAUUGAAGCAACAUAUGCAAGCCGCCCAGACCUGAGAAACAGCCCUAUGGAAAGCAGGGAAAACUGGUUCACAGAUGGAAGCAGCUAUGUCCUAAGUGGUAAGAGACAUGCAGGAUACACCAUUACCACCAAUCAAGAAGUAAUAGAGUCAAGACCUUUGCCCAUGAAUACCUCUGCACAAAAGACAGAAAUAAUUGCUGUAACCCGUGCCUUGGAAUUGACCCAAGGCAAAGUUGUGAAUAUUUAUACAGACUCAAAAUAUGCCUUCGAGGUUGUGCACGCGCAUGGAACAAUCUGGAAAGAACGAGGAUUAUUGAAUUCUCAAGGGAAAAACAUCAAACAUGCAGAAGAAAUCUUGAGGUUGUUGGAGGCAGUCCAACUCCCUGAGAAAGUGGCAAUCAUGCACAUUAAGGCACACCAAAAAGUGAGCUCAGAAUUGGAGAGAGGGAAUGAACUGGCGGACAGAGAGGCAAAACAAGCAGCCAAAGCAGAGGUAAAAAUAGAAGGAGCUUUGGUCCCUGAUGAGCAAAUCUCCCUAGAAGGUAAGCCAGAAUAUACCAAGGAAGAUCAGAAACUUAUCACAGACCUAGAAGGGUUGUAUAACAAAGAAGGGUGGGCUCACACCCCACGGGGAAAACUAAUCAUUCCCUCCUGCCUGAUACGGCAUUUGAUAAGAGAAGAACAUAAGAAAAGACAUUGGGGGAUGGAGGCUUUAUACAAACAUUUAAUUAGAGAAAUUGUGGCCAGAAAUUUAUACACCACGGUGAGGCAGGUGACUCAGCAGUGCGAUCUUUGCCUCCAGACUAAUCCCAAAAAUAACCCCAAGCCAGAAAUGGGCCAAAUUGGGAAAGGUAAUGGACCUGGACAACAAUGA